CCGUCCGCGGUCACGUGUAGUCCCGCCACGGUCGCGUUGAUCCGUGGGGGUGGCUCUGCCAAGCGCCGGAGGUGGAAGGGAGGCGGCCGCGGUGCCAUUCUUAAAGGGGCCCGAGGGAAAGGGAGCGACUGCUGACGGCCGGAAGGAAAAUGAGUGAGUCUUUGGUGGUUUGUGAUGUUGCUGAAGAUUUAGUGGAAAAACUGAGAAAGUUUCGUUUUCGCAAAGAAACGAACAAUGCUGCCAUUAUAAUGAAGAUUGAUAAGGAUAAACGCCUGGUGGUACUGGAUGAAGAGCUUGAGGGCAUAUCACCAGACGAACUUAAAGAUGAACUACCCGAACGACAACCUCGAACCUUCAUUGUGUAUAGUUAUAAAUAUCAACAUGAUGAUGGAAGAGUUUCAUAUCCUCUGUGUUUUAUUUUCUCCAGUCCUGUUGGAUGUAAGCCUGAACAACAGAUGAUGUAUGCUGGGAGUAAGAAUAAGCUAGUUCAAACAGCUGAACUAACCAAGGUAUUUGAAAUCAGAAAUACUGAAGAUCUAACUGAAGAAUGGUUACGUGAAAAACUUGGAUUUUUCCACUAAUGUGAAGUUUUAUGUUUCUAAAGUAUUUUAUGUAUUAACCUGACCAUACUGGAACCAGACAUAAAUACUUAUUUAUGCCUAAAAAUGCACUGUUACUUACAAUUUGUUUCCUGCAGUAAAGAAAAAUUCUUCGUUUGUUCAAAGUUUGAACAAAGAAGAUCUCAUCUUCAUAGUAAUGAAACUUUGUAAAGUGUUUCCUUAUAUUUGUAAUUGUUAGGUGGACUACCCUCCGGGGACUUUUUGCAGUCCUGUGACUAAUUUCUAUAAAUUAUGGUUCAGAAUUUGUUACUAUUUACAGACACCAUUGGAAAGUGGAUAUUAGAUUAUGAUAGACAACAGUUGCCUCCUUUUGACAAAUACUGGAUAUUAGCUUAUAUAUGAAAAUAGCAUAUUAUCACUUGUUGAAUCUUUUAAGUUAAUUUGGGGUAAAAGACUUGAGUGACCCAAUUUUGAGCCAUGAAUAAUAAUUUACUAUAGUAAAACCUGCAUUACAAGUAUAUUUUUCAUCAAUUCUAUCCCUCCUUUGGUUUCUUAUAUCUUUUUAAUCAAGUCCAAAAACUUUGUUCAUCAGUUGUGCAUUCUUAAGGUCUGGGAGUUAGAUUUUAUAAUAGUUAUGACUAUUCUUAUGGAAAAUAGCAUCUUAGGAAUUGUUGGAUUGUAACUAAUCAAGGGCUUCAUUCCUGGUUGUGUUAUUUCGAGAUAAUUUCGAAUCUAGGUUAUUAACACUUUAUUAUAAAGCAUCUCUUAAUGUUGUCCUGUGAAAACUAGUUAUUUUAAAUGUGUUAAUACUGUGCCUUUGAUUUGUUAGCUUUAAAAUUAGUUUAAGACUUUUACACUGCCAGUAUUCCAGAUUUGGUGAAAUUAAUACUUUUGUAAAGGGUCCAAAUAAAACAAUUUUCUAAUGUGUGUAUCUGACAUUUGUGAUAAAACCAACUUCAUAUUUUUAAAAUUCCAGUUAUCCGCUUAUAUUUGUGACUAUAUGGCAGUUGAGAGUUCUAAUCUGGGGCAUAUUUGUGAUUAGUUUUGUGCCAUAGGAAAAAAAUUACUUAUCUUAAAACAUUGGCCAUAGUUAAUAACAUUAACACAUCAAUAGAAAUUUCAUCCUAUAUCCUAGAUUUUGGAAGGUAUUCUAAAUUGGACACCUGUCUUGUUAGAUGAUGGCAUCCUUGGCAUAAAGCAAGGAUUCUAAUAUAUAGUAUACUUUAAAAACAAACAUAAGUAACUGUCUAACAUUAAUUUGACAAAAGGUCUUGAAACUCUAAAAGAUUAACCAAAUUUCGUGAGUAAAUUCUUAUAUUAAGACUAGCUUAGUCCUUUCAAAACUAGCAAAGGCAUUUUUUUAUGUUGGCAUUUUUCCAUUUAUAUGUUCUUUGACAUUUUGUUUUUUGAGGUUUCUGUGCCAACUUUAACAGAAGGUAAAGGUAGUUGGAAUUUUCACAAUAUUGAAUAGAGCAUCUUCUGUUCCUGGUAACAUUUGGCUUCAAUAAUCUAGAAACAGGAAGCAAUAGGAAGUUAGUUGGAGAUGAGGAAGUGCUAGAGUGGUUAUUUGUUUUGAUUAAUGAAUGGGAAGGAUCCUUUCUUCUAAUUUCCAGAAAGAGAGAGUAAGAGAGAAGGAAAACUUCACCCAGGAAGUUUAAGAAUUCUUUGAAUAGCUAUUUUGAUAUUGCAGAAUAACGCUUAUGGUUCUGCAGAAAUGCAAAUGUAAUCCAAGUGAAUGGAGAGUGCUUUUAAUGUUUUGAAUGAAGGAAAUGAGAUUUUGUUUCACCUGGUCCGCAGCCAUAAGAGAAACUAGUGCUGCAAGAAUAUAUUUUUUAAUGAGGUUCCUUAUUUUGUCUUGCGCAUUUUAGUGUUUUUUUUUUAAAGUCCUCCAUAAUGUCAGAUAAUAUUGAUUGACCUCCAUACACAGAAUUCUUAGUUUCCCUGUUUUCUAAAGGGCAAAGAACUGUGUGUGAUAAAUCUUGUUUUUUUUUUGAGCUUGUCUGCUUCUUAUCAGUGACAUGUAUUUUGCAAGACAAUAGAUUGAGGUUAAGGGAUCAGUAGAACAUUUUUUCACUCCCUCUGUCCUAUAGGGAGAUGUACAAAUCCCAUGCUCUAAAGUGUUCUCAGACUUUUAUAUGAAUUUCCCUUCCAUCUAACCAAAUUUCGCAUCAUUUUUUUCAAGUACAUUUCUUAUUCGAUUUCUUUUUUUGCCUUCUCUCAAAUAGCAACUCCAGAUUUCAUAAUUCCAGUUUGUACAUUCCAUCACUUUCUGGUACAACCAUUCCUAUUCAGCCCUAAAUCUUAAUCUUUCUUUUUUGGCAGCAAUUUUUUUUUCUUUAUUUCCUGGGAACCUCCUUCCUGGUCUCCUAAAUCAGCAUUAGUUUUAAAAUUGUUGGCCUUGCAUAAAUUCUGCAUAGCAUCUAAUGUUGUCAAAAUAGAACCAACUAGUAAUCACAGCAUGUUUUUAGUAUGGUUUUUGUGGCAACGUAAAUGACAUAUGAAGAAAUUGUUCUCAGGUUACUAUGCUGAAAUUCCAAAAUGUCAGAGUUUUGAAAACUAUUCAUUUUGUUCUGGUAUUGAAGCAAUUAUGUCAGGAAAAAAAAGUUGAUUGACUGUUUUUGUUUAACUGACUUCUAAAAUAAAUGUUCAAAUUGUCUAUUUCUAAAAAGUUUACUAAAUGUCUAGUACAGUUAAACUCUUGUUUAAGAGGGUAUUGUGAAAUUUUUUGUCAUUACUAAAUAAUCUUUGUAGCAAAAUGUCUGUCAGCACUUUUCUCUCCCUUUUUAUCUCCUAUUUUCAGGAGUCAAAUGUAGCCAUAAAAUGUAUCCUGGUCUGACACUUUAACUAAAUAUUUCCAGUAGGAGGAGUUUAUUGCCAAAUUAAAUUUGGCUGUCUUUAUUCCCCACCCAUAUAGUUAGUAAGGAAGGUGUACUUAAAAAAAAUGUUUGGACUACUUUAAAAUCCGAAUAAUGUCAUUAAUCCGUAAUGUGGACUAGUGAUGAACAGAUAUUUUCAUAAGAGUUAAAUGCUGAUAUUUGGUGGAAGUAGAGAGUAACUCAUAUUCUAUCAAUUCAAAUGUUCUUAGUACAGUUGCUUUCCCUAUUUGUUCAAUAGACAUGAUACUGGAAUCUACAGAAUUUGAGCCUUUCCAGCUUAUGUGAAGAACUGUCUCAAACAUUUCUGGACAAAUCUUAUCCUGUAUUUCUGGAAGAAUGUAUACCUUGUGGGCCGCUUAACACCAGUGGUCCCAAGUUGAAUAUUCUUGAGAAGUUUGUUUCCUGUAGCGCCAUAUAACAUUUCAAAUCAGUGAUCAUAUUCCUGUAAUAUUUAAAACAACUACAUUAAGGUUGUGAUAGAAACUAUGUUUUCUUGCUUUUUGGAAUAUAGUUCAUAUUCAUAUAAUUACUUGAAUAUUGUUUGAGGUCAUUAACAUGCCAGGGCAGUUCCCACUGAUUUUGAUGGUCCAAUAUAAUCUCAUUCAGGAGGCUUGAAACAUAAAUGGUCAGUCUUGUGAAUUUUAACAGUUCCCUGUCAUCAUUUAACAAAAUCAACAGCUGGCACAACUUCUUAAGCUGUGGUUUCAGUCUCUGCUAGUUCAUAUUGCAUGUUUAUUUUGGACAGUCUUCUGUUAAGCAUGGUGCUUGUACUGGUUUAAAUAAAAUGUUAACAUGAAAAGA